AUGCAUUCUGGAUCAUUUAUAGCAAACACUCCAAUUACUGAGUUAGAUGACUUUCGUAAAGAAGUACGUGGCAAAAUUAACAGUAAAUUUGAUUAACCUAAACAAAUACUUUACUAAGCCAAAAAAUCAAAUCUGGGAUAACUCUAAUAAAUCUUGAGAUAAAGCAUAUCUCCUAAAUCACCAAAAAAUAAUGCACUUCAUUAAUCUUAGAAUCCAUCUCCUCAAAUACGUAAAUCCCCAGGUAGAUUAUCAUUUCAAAGAUCAAGUCUUGAUUUGAGUAAACCUACUUAAAAGUAAUAUAUAAUUACUAUACAGUAUUUUAUAUCCCAAAAAAUAAUUGCAAGAUAUAUUGCCAUUGAAUAAGAUCAUAGAAUUAUAGAGAGCCAUAAAAAAUUACAAUCAUCCUACUAAUAGUAGGUAAAUACUUUAAUUUUAUAUUAGUUAUUUCCUUGAACUCAAAAAACUUGCUAAAGUGGUCUUACGAGAAACUCAAGGAUGAUAAUAUUUAUACAAAAACCC